GGAGCCACCUAGCGGAAGUUUUUCUAACUAGAUUUGUCUUGUGGUUGGUUUCUCGAGGUGUAGUUCUUGUCAGAAUUUCCCUGAAUUUUAUCGAAUCUAAGUAGAUUUAGUCGAAUUACAUAUCCCACAAAAAUGGCCCCACCAUACUAUGCUGAUCUCGGAAAGAAGGCCAAUGAUGUCUUCUCUAAGGGCUACCACUUCGGUGUGUUCAAACUUGAUCUCAAGACCAAGAGCGAGUCUGGUGUUGAAUUCAACAGUGGAAUUACCUCCAACCAAGAAAGCGGCAAGGUAUUUGGCACCUUGUCUUCCAAAUAUGCCGUGAAAGACUACGGACUUACGUUCACAGAGAAGUGGAACACAGACAACACUCUGGCCACUGAUAUCACCAUCCAGGACAAAAUUGCAGCUGGACUGAAAGUAACCCUGGAGGGAACCUUUGCACCACAGACAGGAAGCAAAUCUGGCAAGCUAAAGACGUCUUUCGCCAACGACAUCAUCGCUUUGAACACCAACGUCAAUUUGGACUUAGCCGGCCCCGUAGUAGACAUCGCUGCUGUGCUCAGCUACCAGGGCUGGUUGGCUGGUGCCCAGACGCAACUGGAUACACAGAAGGCCAAGUUCUCCAAGAACAACAUCUCCCUGGGCUACCAGACCCAUGACUUUGUUCUGCACACCCACAUUGACAACGGCAAGGACUGCUCCGGUACGAUAUACCAGAAGGUGUCGGACAAGCUGGACUGCGGUGUCAACAUGAAGUGGUCGUCGGGCUCCAGCGACACGCAGUUCGGAGUCGGCGCCAAGUACGCCCUGGACGGGGACGCCUCCCUGCACGCUAAAAUCAACAACAAAUCCCUUAUCGGUCUCGGUUACCAACAAAAGCUGCGUGACGGUGUGACCCUGACGCUAUCUGCGGCCAUCGACGGCCAGAACUUCAACGCCGGCGGCCACAAGGUCGGUCUGGCUCUGGAGCUCGAACCCUAAGCAUUUAACCGCGAAGGCUUUCUAGUAUAAUAGUUGACACAGCCAGAAACUGUUAUCGGAGAGCGUAGAACAGUUCAAGCUUACAGUAUUCUAUCGGAGAAUAUUUUCUUGAAGUUGUGACGUCAUUUUCCUAAUAGCCGUAGCAUCCGUCACGCAUUCACACUCUGUAAUUCAUUUGAACUAUCUAUUUACAGUCCGUGUAACGUCUUGUAAAUAAUUUGAUGUGUAAUUAACUGAUUGAAUGAGAAUAUAAUAGUCUGUUGGAA